UUUUCGAUUUUUUGGGAUUAGCAACAUAGUUUACUUUUAUGUAUAUAUUUUGCAGGUUGAUUGGGUAAACAGAAUUAUUCAUGAUAUGUGGCCUUACCUAGAUAAGGUAAUAAAACUUUGUUCGAAAUUUAUUUCGUUUACGUGUUUUUCUCGAAAUUACAAAAUUCGAUCGAUCCUCUAUAGGCGGUACGUGGGAUUAUCAAAAGCUCAGCAGAAGCUACUUUUGCCGAGUACAUCGGCCAAUAUUGUAUAAAAUCUAUCUGUUUCGAACGCCUUACUCUUGGAAAUAUUCCUCCCAAAAUUCACGGUCUUAAGGCACAAGAAUCUAAAGAGAAUGAACUAGUUCUUGAUCUUGCACUUAGAUGGGCCGGAAAUUCCGAUAUUGCCUUGGUAAUAAAGUUGUUCUCUCUACAAUUUCAAGUCGAGGUUAGAAUAAAAUUCAUCCUUAAUUUUUCGAAAUGCAUAUAAAAUUUAUUUUUCCGAUGUUUUCGAGAUAUUCACAUGAAUUUGUUCAAGGGCAGUUGGUAGACUUUCAGAUAUCAUCAGCAACAAGGGUAGUUUUGAAACCUUUUGUACCGACAUUCCCCUGUUUCUCCGGCAUUGCAGUUUCGUUGAUGGAGAAGCCGAAGAUAGACUUUGGACUGAGAAUCAUGGGAGGAGAUGUUAUGUCUAUACCUGUUUUUUACCAGUUUGUCCAGGAAAUUGUAGCAAGACAAGUUGCUAAGCUUUAUCUCUGGCCCCAAACGUACGAUAUAGACAUCCUAGAGGAUUCAAUAGUAGCCACAAAGAAGCCUGUAGGAAUACUACAUGUUAAGGUUGUAAGAGCACGCAAACUCUUAAACAUGGAUUUUCUGACAACAUCCGAUCCUUACGUAAAGCUCAGCCUCACCGGAGAAAGGCUUUCAUCAAAGAAAACUUCUGUAAAAAUGAAUAAUUUAAAUCCCGAAUGGAACGAGGAUUUCAAGAUGACUGUGAAAGACCCCGUUUCCCAAAUUCUCCAAUUGCACCUCUUCGAUUGGGAAAAGGUUGGUGCUCAUGAUUAUUUGGGAAUGCAAGUUGUUCCGCUGAAUAUGCUGACUCCGUACGAAAAGAAAGCGUUGACUCUCGAUUUAGUCAACAGCAUGGAUUCGAACGAUCGUCAUAACAAGAAACCGAGGGGACAGAUUACGGUCGAGACAACCUUUGUUCCCUUUCUAGAAGACAGCAAACAGUUCAGCGGAUCGUCCGAUUCUACAGGGAACGGAAGUUCUCAAAAUGAAUCACACAACCACGACAACAUAUCAUUGUGUGGAUCGGGUUUACUUCUUGUCACCGUUGUCGAGGCAAAGGAUGUCGAGGGGAAAUACCAAAACAACCCUUAUGCCACAAUCCUCUUCGGAGGAGAUAGGCGAAAAACUCAGGUGAUUACAUUUUGUUUAAAAUAAUCCCACUUGUAUAUUACA